AUGCCACUAUUCAGGUGCCCGCGACUGCCCACGUGUAAAUGUUCCCGACACACAUCGAGUGCUCUUAUUGUGAAGAGUUCUCCCAAACAGACAAGGAUUGUAAGACGCAUAGACACUCUAAGCAUCCAAGAUGUGCUCGCUGCUCAAAACGCUUCCAAACAGAGGAAAUCUAUCGCGAGCACCGGUCCGCCGCUUUGCGAUGCCGACUUUGCCGGCCUGAAACCCGGCAUUGCGCUGAAACAACACUUCAUAGUCAUCAGAGAGUGGCACAUGUCAGAUGUUCUGUCUGCUCAGAACUUUUCAGAGAUAGAACAGCGUGUGAUGUACACAAGAGACAGGUUCAUCACAAAUGUACCUAUUGCUCGUCGUGUUUCAGCUCGGAAGGAGAGAAAAGGGGUCACGAGCGGCGGCGUCACGAUCAGCACGAUUAUUAGAUCACGGGCACAAACUUCGAACCAACUGAACGAUUGUGUGCUAACCUCGACGAUGGAGGUUGUUGAUCAUGAGGGUGGUGAAGACGGGGGAUGGGGACCACCUGUCAGACAUUGGACUUUCAGGAUGAGACGAAGGACCGAGAAUAACAGGUGA